UUGGAGCGGGUGAGAGGCUCUGUGCUGAAUGUGUGCUCCAGCAGAAUGAAUGAUGAGACGACUACAGCUCCACUUUCUGCUUCUCUGGAGGAUUUUAAACGGAUUUUACACCCACUUUAACACUGGAUUGUUUUAUCAACCUGUCUAUGCACAACUGCACUGUGGUCCAUGACGGUGGAAAUGCAGGACAGUUCCUCAGCACAGGACAUGGUCUCCUGAGCAGCCCGACCACGGACACAUCCAAGGGAUAAACCAGUCAGUGUAUCCUGGGCCAUGACUGCUCUGCUUCACAACGUCAGCGGCCCAGGGAGCACAGCGGUUCUGCUGCCGAUCACAGACGGACCAUUCAACCUGACAGCAGCGGCUCAGGCAGGACCCGGGUCAGGCCAAUCACUGGCUCCUCUCUGUACCCUCUGUUGCUGUGGGUUUCUCAACCGUACCUUGGCAGUGGUGUUCAUGGUCAGCCUGGCGUUUGCCAUCGUGGUUGGAAAUGUGGUCACGCUUACUGUCUUUGUGCAAACAAGGCAGUCGAGAACACCACAGGGAUACUUGAAAGUGUCUUUGGCCAUAGCAGACAUGAUGGUCGGUGUCCUCGUCGUCCCUUUCUCCGUCUACACUGAAAUCUCUCUAAUGGUGACGAGCUCUCUUCCCAUUUGGUACCAGGGUAGUUCCACUUCCCCGGCCUCCUCCUCCCUCGGCGGAAUAGUGAGCCCCUGGCAGCCCUGCAUGCUGAUUGGCCCUGUGUUUGCUGGAUGCACUUUUGUCUCCAUUAGCACCAUCUUCCUCAUGACGUUGGAGCGAAGCGUGGCCAUCUUGUGGCCGCUCCAGAAGGACGCCUUGGUGACUCGGAGGCGGACUCUGCUCCUCAUCCUGCUCUCUUGGGGGGCGAGUUUCCUGCUGGCUCUCGCGCCGCUAAUCUUCAGCAGUAACUUCAUUCUGGAGUACAAUGAGUGCAGUCGUAUGUGUAACUACACACCUCUAUUGCUUGGAGGCCAGCUGCCACCCGAUGCCAACAUUUUGCUGCUGUUCCCAACGUUUGACUUCACGCUGCUUGGUGGCACGUUAGUGGUUAAUAUUUUGUCUUUCACAAGCAUUCAACGGUACUCCCGAAAACGCAAACUGCUCUCAGAGGGAAGUCUGAGUGAUGGAGGGGGUGGAGGAGCAGGAGGCGGUGUAGGAGGCUGCCCUCACAGGCCUUCUUUCUCGGACAUUAAAGCUGCCAAGACGAUUGGCAUACUGACCUUUGCCUUCACAGCAUCCUUCUCUCCCAUCGCAGUGUUUGUGCUCGGGAACGUGGUGGGAUACACCUGGUGUAACUUUUCCUUUGUUGCCUUCUGGAUCCUGACAGGAAACAGCUGCUGCAACGUGAUCAUCUACAGUGUCAGGGACCACCGCUUCAGGAAGGGUGUGACACUACUCUUUAAGCGAGACCACUCCCCCCCACAUGGCGAUAAAUCUUGAGAGAUACAUUCAUCGGCAACAGGUUUACUGUUUUGUGGAUGUUUUCCAGUAAGUUUGACUUUAAGGGAAUAGGUUGACAUUUUGAGGAAUGUGCAUAUUCACUAUCUUGGCAAGAAAAAGAAGAAACCGCUCUCUCUGUUUGUACGGUAAAUAUGAAGCUGGAGUUUGUGGCUCGGUCACAUAGAUUGUAUGUAAUGAUGGAUGACGCGUCUUCACUUCUAGAAAUGAAGUCAAAAUAACCCAGAUAUGAACGACGGCAUCUUGCAGAUUUGGAACGAAAGUCUAUGCAGUAGUAAUUGGGGGAUGGAACCUCUGUAGCAAGGUCCCUUCAAUACAUGUGCUUGAUUCUAUUAGCAGUCAGCCUCAGCUGUCAAUCAUUAUGUUUCACCUUGUCUUGAUUUAAUUAAAUAAGUAUUUAUUUAAUAUAUGACAUACCAGUGUGAUGAUAAUUACCUAAAAUGACAGAAACCAUCUCUGAGAAAAAAAUAUUGAUUUAACAUGUUCUUUGAGUUUUUAGUUUGAUCCAUGUCCCAACCACUAACAUGGAAUAGGCGGGAUUUACUACCUACACUUCAGCCAGCCACCAGGGGGUGAUCAAGAUGCUUUGGCUUCACUUUGGGGGAGCUGUCAUGUCCAUCUUUAUAUAUUCUCUAUGCUCUGCUCUGUCUAAAGAUAACAAAAUCCUCCUUCAACCAGCUUGCUAAGCUAUGCUAAGCUUACCUAUGCUAAGCUAACCUUAUUAACUGUACAUCCGUGAGAGUCAUCUCAGUCUUCUUGUUUAUCUCUUGGCCAGAAAUUGAAAUGAGCGUAUAAUCAAAAUAAGUAAUUUAAACAUGAAAGUAUUGCAAAACCUUGUGUCUAAAAACUGUAAAUAGAAGGCAGAUUUUUUUAAUUUUGACCUCCAUCCACAUUUAUCUCUGCUCAAAGAAACCAGUACUGUAUCUAUGCACGUCAUGAUGAAACAGCUUUCAGGAUCUGACCAAACACACAUACUGUAGAUCUAAAGGGAAAGAGACACUUUCUGAAUAAACUGCAGGUAUUUGUAACAACUCUACUGCCGUAACAAUCUACAUCCUGUCCUCAUCGUCCUGCCUCCGUCUGGAAUCAAACCUCUGUCCUGAAGAUUUACGAAUGACAAUGCUUUUCAAUAACUUCAGGAUUAAACCCACAGUCUCUCCAGAAGGUGCACUGACAACCACAAUAACCGUAAUGGUUCAUUCAAGGGUUUUGUCAACUCGAGGUGUUAUUUAUGUGUUUAGAAAUCUUGCUACAGUCUCCUGCUAUGUUUCGGUUUUGUGGUGUCACAUACACUAUUGAGCAUCUACGUUCAAUCUUUUGUGAUAUCAAUCUGCCUCAAUCAGAGAUGCACUUUAUCAGUUACCACGUGAGCCAUUUGCAUUGUGCCAUGUGUCAGACAAGAUUCAUUUUGUACAAGUUUUAUUUGAGGUAUUUUAUAUUAUCGCUUAUUUCUUAGUAAACGUUAAUGAAAGAGAUUGAUCUGUUUAUUUAUUCAAUCAGUAAUGAUGACUAAAUGAAUGGGAUGCCAAACAUAGAGAUUUAGUCUGAAAAGCAUAACGAUUAAAGCAGACCCUCAUGCUCUGCCAGCCUCUGUCUUUUCAGGGUAUAAUGUAUUUGUAACAUGAAAUGAUCUCAUCUGUGUUUCAGCUAUAAGUCUUGUGUACUGUUUGGAAAUCUGUAUUGUACAAUUUGACAAUAUAAUGAUUAAAUGCAUGAGGCCGAGGGGCAUUUCACAUUGUUUAAUAGGUAUAUUUCUAUUCAUGAUUAAAAUGUUUGCAUUUCAAGAAUUCCUGUGAUAAUUGACAGGCCUUUGAUGUGGUAAUGAUUCAGCAACUGCAUCAACGAAAAGGGAAAAGUUCUGUUGUCUUGCCAUUGCUUGCUCAAACUUGUUUUUGUUUUGUUUUUGUUUUUGUUUUUGUUUUGUGAACAUACAAAUUGUAUUGCUAUAGUUCUAUCGACAUGAUAAAAAAAAAAGUGUCCUGUUUACCAUAAAGUGCCCAUUAAAGGAACAUUUUGACAUUUUAGAAAAUGUGCUUAUUUGCUGAGAAUUCGAUGAAGAGAUUGAUAUUAUGUCACAUUUGCCCUUUAAAGAUUGGGUUGGUAAUCCUGGAAAAGUUAGAUAGAGCAGGCUAAACUUUGACCCUCUUGCCGAAGCCAUGCCCAUAUGAACGUGCACUGCCUGACAACUGCUCGAAGCUGACUUUUAACUCACUGGCUAACCUCUGGCCAUCUUCCCUGCUUCAGUGGAGUAUGUCUCUAACCCUACCUUUAAGUAUGAGGCUCCAGCCAAUAGGCAACUGGCUUAAUUUAGCAUUAACACUGCGAAUAAGGGGGGGGAAAUAUCCCUACAAACUAAAAGUGCAAUGCAAAAUCCUCGUUCAACCAACUUACAGCCUUUGUGCUAAGCUAUACCUUAGUAAGGUUGGUUAACAUAGCUGAAGUGGUGGAUGCAAACAGCUUCAUGAUUGCAUCCACCACCUCAGCAAUAAUAUGAAUAAGCACAUUUCCUCCAACCUGUCAUAUUAUUCCCUAAAAAACAACUGACUGACAAUCCAGUGCAUGUUCAUUGUAGCAUUUUGUAAUAUUAAGGGUGCUGUGAUAUAAUAUAUGUUGAUCAACAACAAACAUCAGGGAAUUUAAUGGUCAACAAAAAAAGAAAAUAUGUUAAUAUGUCAUGUGUGAACUUCACAGAAUGAAUGAAUAUCUUACAUGUACAAACUUGCAGCGUUUUCCCACCGAAAACGGUCACAGUCAUCGAAAUCCUCAGCAUCCUAAUCAUCGUUGGUGAAUAAUUGAUUCUCCCUGUGCUGAUAUCGAAUCACUGUACAGAGUUGUAUCAGUUGUGCAUAAUUCAUGAGUGGCGAUUGCAUCAGAUUUGGUAAUAAUAAAUGUGUUUGGGAACAUUU